AUGAUGCUGCUUAAUUUUCAGAUGAAACUCUCAAUUUUAUUUGUGAUAUUAUCAUUGUCGGCGUUAGCAGUCGCUAAUCCCAUUGAGUUGGCGGUUCCAUCUUCUGAUAUUUCAUCUAUGACAAGAAGUUUGCGUGUUGGCGACGUUACUUCGAGUACAAUUUUAUUCCGAGACAUAAUCAACGGUACUUUGGACAGUACCUGGACUUGGCGAGGUAAUGAGAAUGAAAUUAUCACUGGCUGGUUUGUGUGGAGGGCUGUCUCAGAUUCAAUGUUAGUGGAACUAAAGGCUUGCUUCAUGGAAGCUUACGACGAUAAUCAAGAUGGAAAAAUAGAUAUACGAGAGUUGGCCCAGCUGUUACCGAUGGAAGAAAACUUCUUACUGCUAUUUAGGUUCGAUAACCCUCUGGAAUCCAGCGUAGAAUUCAUGAAAAAUUUUCUAAGGGAUUUGUUAAAAGAAGCAAAGAAGAUUAACGACGUUUCAGAAGAUAAAUUGAUUGAAUAUACUGACACCAUGGAUUACGACGCUCAAGACCUACUAGAAUUCGAGGAGACGAUCUUGCAAGGCGUGGAAUACAGUAGCGACGGAAAAAUAAGCAGAAAACAACUGACAAUGAUCCUACUAGCGCUCGCCAAACACCAUCAAGAAGAAGAACCCUCUACGCCAUAA